CAUAGCAAAGCUCACCGUGCACAAACCAGAGAGGAAGGGACGCCAUGCCGGGCGGAAGAGGGAGCAGGCCAGGUGCGGCUGCCGUGGCUGGAUGGCAGCUCCGCCCACUCGUGCUCUUCCUCUUUUCAAUGGUGCCCCAGCGAGCGCUUUCACAGGGAGAAGCGCGGCCGCCGCAGUCGCCGCUGGAUCAGAAGCUGAACAUAACGUGCAACAACGUUCAGUAUCCAUUUGGCGCCAGAGGUAGCUCCCUACCUGGCUUCGAGGUAACAUGCGGCCAAAACAAUGAAGCCAUGCUGCAGAUUGGCAAAAAUAGCUACAAAAUGCAGGAUGUGUCGAUGGACAGAGGCUUUCUCAUCAUCUUUGCCGGGCCAAUCCGCCAAGUGUGCUAUGACCGGAACGGGAAGUCCACGCAGACCAAUGGAACCGGUGAUAUAAGCUUGGAAGGGACACCGUUCUCCUUCUCCAAGCAAAAUAAGCUGGUGGCCACUGGAUGCAACUACAAACUAGUUGCUAACUUCAGCGGCUCGGUGCUCGGUGACAACCCUCGGCAAACCAGUUGCUCCUCCUGGUGCCAUGGGAACUCUAACGUCGCCGAUUGCAUUAACAGUGUAGCAUGCUGCGAGGCCCACAUGCCAAUGGACAAUGCUCAAGAUUUCACCUUGACGUUUGACAAGACAUCAGGUCAAGUCACUGGCAAAGAGAACGGCACUUGCAGUGCUGCCUUCUUCCUUGACCAAGACGACGCACACUUCAAUGGUGGCACAGUUGGUGGACAGAGGCCGCUGAAAGACCUGCUAUUGGCAGCUGUUGACCGCAGGAUGAUCUUGGAUUGGGCAAUUGGGAGCGGCACAUGCAACCAGACCUCGACCUACAACUCGGCGCCGCUGUACUGCAACAAUAUGAGUGGAUGCAUCGACGCGCCCCGUGGAACGGGACAUCUCUGCAAGUGCAAUGCAGGGUCCGACGGGAAUCCUUACACUGCAGAUGGAUGUGCAGAUAUCAACGAAUGCCGGAACGACAACAAUGAUUGCAACUAUCCGGAACUCUGCAACAACACCGAAGGGGGUUUUACUUGCUCAUGUCCCCCAAACUUCAUUGGUGACGGCCGCAAGACAGGCACAGGCUGCAAUGAGUCGCUCAUUUCAUCUGGUUCCCCUAUGCAACAACCGCAAGGUUUGGAUGUGUGCAUUAAUCCCGAAAAGAACCCCUGCACGUACACCAUCUCUUGCAAUGAUGGGCAAGGGGCAGUUGCAUGCAAUUGUCCACCAGGCAUGAGUGGCGAUGGCUGGAAAAGGGGAAGUGGCUGUCAAAACGAAAAACACUUCCCUAUAGAUAUUGCUUUGGGUGUUGGCCUUGCACUUGUGGUUACAAUAACAACCACAUCUCUGUGCUACUACUGGGGCAUGCGGAGAAAAAAGGUGAGAAAAAACAUAGCUGAGUUAUUCCGUAAGAAUGGAGGCUUGCUGUUGCAGCAGAGAUUUUCGGCAAUUACAUCUCAAGGUAAGGACUCGUCAGCAAAGAUAUUCAGUGCGGAAGAGCUCAAGAGUGCUACCAACAAUUAUAGUGACACUCGAAUCCUUGGCCGAGGUGCAUAUGGGACAGUGUAUAAGGGUGUUCUUCAAGAUGAGGCUGUGGUUGCCGUAAAGAAGUCCAGGGUGUUUGAUGAGAGUCAGGUGGAGCAGUUUGUCAAUGAGAUCACAAUCUUAUCACAGACCGAUCACCCAAAUGUUGUCAAGCUUUUGGGAUGUUGUCUAGAGACACAAGUUCCAUUGUUGGUGUAUGAGUUCAUACCCAAUGGAACACUCUUCCAGCACAUUCACAACAGAAGUGCACCUGGCUCCUUAACAUGGGAAGAUACCUUACGGAUAGCUGCAGAAACAGCAGAGGCACUUGCCUAUCUGCACUCCGCAUCUUCUGUACCAAUCAUUCACAGAGACAUUAAAUCAAGCAACAUACUCUUGGAUGAGAACUUUGUGGCUAAAAUAUCAGACUUUGGUGCAUCAAGAUCAGUUCCAUUUGAUCAAACUCAUGUGACUACCCUUAUUCAAGGGACUAUAGGAUACCUUGAUCCUGAAUAUUUCCAAAGCGGCCUGCUCACAGAGAAGAGUGAUGUCUACAGUUUUGGAGUAGUUCUUGCAGAGCUCUUGACAAGGCAGAAGCCUAUUUCUGUAGGCCGACCAGAGGAAUCAUGCAACUUAGCCAUGCAUAUGGUGAUUCUAUUUAAUGAAGAGCGCCUAGUUAAGGAGAUAGAGCCACGCAUUUUGGCAGAAGCAGGUGAAGAGCAACUUUGUGCAGUUGCGCAGCUCACUGUGAGAUGUUUAAAUAUGAAUGGACAAGAACGACCCAUUAUGAAGGAGGUGGCAUCAGUUUUAGAUCAGCUAAGAAGGUCAUUCAUCACCAAGGAGCAAACUAUGAGAAGAGAAGAUGAACCUGUACAAGAAAAUAAUGUACAAGAGCACCUUCUACAUGAGACAAGCUCGAUUUCCAGCCUGCACUGCGCGGAAGGAAGUACACAAUUGAGCAUGGAGGCUGAAAUGAGAGCUUCUUCUCACAUGCCAAGAUGACGCUUCUCAUAUUUUAUUUCAUGUAAUCUCAAAGACAAUGUGCAAUUUGCUAUGUAGAAAUGAUGUAAAAUAGC